AUGCAUGACCUGCAGCAAAAGAUAACCAUUGAAGCGCAGAUUCGAUGCGAUAAAUGUCGGUCUCAGGCCAUGAAGAUAGCUGUUGCGGAAGAUGGUGUAACAUCAGUGGCUUUCCAGGGACCCAACAGAGACAAAAUGGUGAUAACUGGAGAGGGAGUUGAUGCCGCGGACAUGGCCAAGUCGUUGAGGAAGAAGCUUGGCUAUGCAGACUUGGUAAGUGUGGAAGAAAUUACUGAAAAGAAAGAUGUGAAGAAAGUUGAACCUAAACAGUAA